AGAACAUUCAACAUAGCUUGGCUGAACGCGGUUGCCGUGCACUGCCUUGCGGAUAAAUUAAAAAAACAAACAAUAAUAUUUUCCCGCGUUCGAGAUGUCAUCCAUAUUUAAUUUUUUAAACUUUUACAAACUGAUAGUGUAAUUUUAACUAAAUUAUAAUUUAGAAUUUUAAAACAAAUGUAUAAUAUUUUUUAAGUGUCAUUAAUUAAUUUAUGUAGAUCAAAAUGGUGUACGCAAUAACAGACAUGAAAAAUGUCCCAGUGCCUGUGAGUAGGUUAAGAUCUAUAUCAUCACAACUUAUAGCCAGUAUGGCUCCAAACCUGCUGCUUCUGGAUCUGGGUAUGGCCAUCAGUUUUGCUACUAUAGUCAUACCCGAGCUACUCAAUGCGAAGACAGGCCUCUCAUUCACAGACACACAGGCGUCAUGGUUUGGUAGUCUCUCAUUCCUGACGCAGCCAUUUGGAGCUGUACUAUCAGGUCCGAUUGUGGACUACGUCGGUAGAAAGAAAGCCACCUUCCUAGUCAACAUUCCCCACGUCUUGGCUUGGAUCAUCAUGUACUUUGCAUGGAAUGUCCCCGUCAUAUUUCUUGGCAAUGCUCUUUUAGGCUUUGGAACUGGAAUUAUGGAAGCACCUAUCAAUUCUUACGUUAGCGAAAUCAGUGAGCCAUCAGUGCGAGGUGCCCUGUGUACCGUCACCCAAUUGUUCCUGUCCAUUGGAAUAUUUGCGAUGUACUUCCUCGGAUCCGUGGUCACAUGGCGUAUUGCAGCCAUCGUCAGCAUCUCCAUACCCUUCACAUCAAUGCUGCUGGUGUUAAUUGGAGCCGUUCCAGACACACCAGUCUGGUUGUUGUCUCAAGGUCGAGAGAAAGACGCUUUGAAAUCCUUACGCUUCCUCCGUGGGUGGACCACGACAGACAAUGUUAAGGAAGAAUUUGCCGAACUAGUGGACUACUCGAAAAAUCUAGAGGAUUGUGUCAUUUGCUGGAAGAAGGGCCAACCAGAGUCAGAAUGUGAUCAUUCUAAAAUGAACCCUAUCAAAAGAUUCUUCGUGAAGUUUAAUAUAGUGAUGCUGUGCAAGGAGACCCUAAGGCCGCUGUGCCUUUCGAUGUUAUACUUCACAUUCUUCGUGAUGAGCGGCCUCUACCCCAUCAAGCCUAACAUGGUGAAUGUCUGCUCAGCCCUGGGCAUGGCUGAUGACAGCAAGAAUAUUGUGGUAAUGGUGGGCGUUAUAACUUUAAUAGCGAGUGUCACUGUGAUUGUCGUUAUAAAGUCUUUGGGCAAAAGAAAGUUGGGUAUCACAGCUAUGCUAGGCUGUGCUAUAUCCUGUACUGCUCUUAGCAUAUACGCUGCUCAACUAGAUGACAAAGUGUUCUCCUACGAUCCCACGACGUUUCCAAAAGAGAAGAGUGUGGUUCCCUUGAUAUUCUUCUAUAUACUCACCCUAUGUACGGGGUGCAACGUCUCUUGGAUCAUUCUCAGCGAGGUAUUUCCUUUCAGGAGUCGAGCUUCAGCACAAGGUUGGGGAGCGGCCUGGAACUACGUGGUCACCUUCAUCGGUGCCAAGACUCUCAUCGACCUGGAGACACACUUCAGGUUAACAGGUGCCUUCGCCACGUACGCUGCCUUCGCAUACGUAGGCACCAUCUACCUCUACUUCUUCAUGCCCGAAACUGAAGGGAUCUCACUCCAAGAAAUAGAAACCUAUUACAAUGGGAAACUAAGAAUAUUUGCCGACGACUGGUUCAUCAACCUAUUCAAGAAAAAGAAAUAAGACUUCAACAAAAUUAUAUUACGCUUAAAAUUUAUUUUUAUAAGAACAAAUUAGACUAGAUCCAAUUCUACAUAGGUACAAUUAUGUUUUUCUAUAAAUAGUCAUUAUUAUAAAAUUUGUGUUUUCA